UGUAGUUCCGCCCAGUCCAGGGGCGUCUCGGCUGUGUCCGGAGGUCUCCGACAGCAAUCUGCGCACUUCCGGACCCUUGGCGGGGUUCGCGUGGCCGGCACCUGGGACUUAGCCAGUCCUGAGGCUCCCGCUGCAUCUGGGACUGACGAUUCCCUCUGCCCCCGCGGUAGAGAGGGCACGUGUGGCGGAGCCACGGCUGCAGAGCUGGCGGGCCCUGGGAGGGGUGCUCUGCCAGGGGGGUCCGGUGGGCGGCUCUGUCUGAUGUCUACUGGGGAGGUCAGGGUUCCUGUCUGGUUUGGGGCGGGAGCUGUGGGCAGGCUGGUCUCAUUACUUUGCUUUACAGCCCAGCCUCAUCAGAGCCCACCGUCCGUCCACAGAGGGCUUAGCACGGUGGACCCGUGACAGCCUUGGCCCCGCUUUUCUGCCCGUCCAGGUCCCUGAACUCCGCCUGGGUGGCCAGGCCUCCCGUGGGUGAGGAGGGACUGCUGAGGAAGCCCCCCCCCCCCCCCCCCCCCCCGCCCUUCUGUCCGACCCUCUGUCACUCCUUCGGACCCCACAUCACAGCCAACGGAUCUGUUCAUGGCGAUGUGGAGUUGUCUGUUUCCCCUCAUGGCGUGUGUGUUCCAUGUGUUAGAGCUGCACACUCAUCACGCUCGUGUGUUGGUGUUCUUAGUGUCUAUUGCAAAGGCUUAGAGACAGGCAGUGACCAGGCAGCUCAGUCCUGCUGUGGAUUCCAGCUCCUUCUAACCCCCAGACGGCCUCCAGGCGGGAGCUGAGCCUCCGGCCACGCCACGGUAAGUUCUCAGCAGGAGAGCAGAGCUUUGCCAGUUGGAGUUGACCCCAGUCUUCAAGCCCCAGGCACCCCACCGAUAGAAUAAUUAUUGGAAAGAAGGUGACCCGACAGCAGCAAUCUACUUUGGAAGCGGGGCUCCCUCUCUGAGCUCCCUCUCGUAGCUUAGGGAUAAAGUUGGAGGUCACAGAACGGGGUGGCUUCCAGAAAGUGUCCCUAAAACAGCUGAGGACGAGCUUGCUGACCGUGAAUUUGGGUGAUGCCAUCGCAUUAGGGGAUCUGUCUAGGAUUUGGUCGAGGGGAAGGUUUGCUAGGAGGAGAGGGGGUCCCCCGCUUUAAGGUUAGGGAAGCACAAACGAGGGAAGGGAUCCCUGCAACACUCAGGCGACCCCCGUGCGGAUUUCUCUACACUCGGUGCCUUCACUGUCCUUCUCUACUGCCCCCCGGCCCCCCACUGCCCCUCACUCCACUGCUUGUGAGAUGCAGACCGUCCUCAUGUAGUCGAGGCACAAAAGUUGCUUUCUUAACCUAAGAGUAUUUCAUUUUUCCUUCUCAUGUUAAAGACGAAAGAAAAUGGGCGUGAGAGAGGUGUUCAGAGCCACCCAGCUUACUAGAGGCCGAGCCAGCACUAGCGCCCAGGGCUCCCGUCCGCCAGGGCCCGCCAGGCGGGGGCUUCCUCCUGGGCGCCUCAGUUCAUCGCUAAAACCCGCCCCUUCCCACCUUCCACCCCUUCAGACCCUCUCACGGAUCUCCUCUCCUCCAGGGGAAGGACUCUGGUAGGAGGUCAUGGAGAGAAAACCCACACUUAGGUAGUCUCCAAUUUAAAAACCAAAACCAAAACUCCCUCGGAAUUCUUUAUGGAGUUUCUGUAAUUCUAGAGUUUGAGCGCCUCUGCAGACUUCUUGGACCCAACUCCAGUGUGUGUGUCCUGAGUAGGAACAUUCCUAAGACCAACCUCGUGUCUGUUCAGGAGAGAGAUAGGUGUGGGGUCCCGUUGAUGAUUCCAGCCACAGUAAACUUGCUCCUGAACCUUCGUGUUCCUGUCCCCUGGCCAAAUGAGGAAAGGAGGAGGAGGGCUCAGGAGAAGCCAUCAGAUCUUGUCCCAUGUUUGGUGUCUGCUUUCCCCCGCCCAGCAGGGAAGGACCAUGUCCCAGGGCUCAUUGUCAUUCCGAGACGUGGCCGUGGGGUUCACCCGUAAGGAAUGGCAGCAUCUGGACCCCGCUCAGAGGACGCUGUACCGGGAUGUGAUGCUCGAGAAUUACAGCCACCUGGUCUCAGUAGGGUGUCAGGUCACCAAACCGGCUGUGAUCUCCAGGUUGGAGCGAGGCCAAGAACCAUGGAUGGAGGAGGAAGAACUCGUCAGAUGGAGCUUUCCAGAAGCAAUUUUGCAAGUCGACGGUCACGCAGGCAGGCCACGGGAGCACCGAGCCCCACUUCUGCGGAGCGGCGCCUUCCUGGACGGCCAGGAACCGACCGAGAUUGGGCCCCGGGCAUCCGUCCGCCAGAAGGCAGACCUUGAUCCCUCACAACGGCAGGGAUGCGCCUGUGACUCGUGUGGCGCGAGUCUGCUGCGUCACGGAGACGGUGGUCCCACCGCCUACCUGGCCAGGAGGCGCUUCGAGUGCGACGGGCAGGGGAACUUGUUCCUCUACUCCAGGCCCGACGGCCCGGCUCCGGGCGCGCGACCGCGGCAGUGUGAGCGGUGCGGGUGGCCGGGAGGCCGGGCCCGCCGCGCGGAGCCCUUCCCCGGCGAGGCGGCCGCGCGCGCCGAUCCGCGGCUGCACGCGGGCCCCGCGGCCCCCGAGGCCGGCCUCUCCAGCCGCCCGGGCUGCCAAGAGCCGCCCGGCGGCCCCGCGCCGCCCCCGGGGUCCGGCCCAUCGCCGCCCGCCGCCCUUCUGGCCGGGGGGAAGCCCUACAAGUGCUCCGCGUGCGACAAGACCUUCUCGCACAAGUCCCGCCUCGUCGAGCACCACCGCUCGCACACGGGCGAGAAGCCGUACGGCUGCGGCCAGUGCGGCAAGGCCUUCUCCCGCAAGUCGUGCCUCCUCAUCCACCACCGCAUCCACACCGGCGAGAAGCCGUUCGGCUGCGGCGAGUGCGGCAAGGCCUUCUUCCAGAAGUCGCACCUUGUCCUGCACCGGCGGACCCACACGGGCGAGAGGCCCUACGAGUGCGGCGAGUGCGGGAAGGCCUUCUCGCAGAACUCCUGCCUCAUCAUCCACAGGAGGACCCACAUGGGCAAGAAGCCGUACGAGUGCUCCGAGUGCGGCAAGACCUUCUCCCAGAAGGCCAACCUCAUCCGCCACCACAGGAUCCACACCCGGGAGAAACUGCACGGCUGACGGGCACAGCCGCCGUCGGCCUCCCUCCCGCGUCCCCGCCCGUCUGGGAACGCAAGGACAGACCUCCGCGCGUCCCCCGCGCGCACCACCCUUCAGCGGGAAAUCCGGUGGGUGCCCCCGCGGGAGGAGAGCGCGACCGAGGGGAAGCCCCUCCCUCGACCGUAGCGAGGGGAGGGUGAGGACACUCUAGAGCCACCUGUUUUUACAAGAGCUGCCUCAUGACAGAGGGGAUCGCUGUGAAUUCACUCUGGUCGUUGAGCUUUCAAGUCUGUAAAUAAAUGUAAUCAUUUAAGACAACAGCUGUGAGCAACAUGGGAACAGUCCCUGGGACGGGGGCAUUUAGGGGUUGUGUUCGCAACGAUGCUGCAUAGGAGGAGUUUUAUUUAUUUGUCAACCGCAGUGGUAAUCCAACAGAAUUGUGAGCCUGGAGGCACAGCCACCAGACUGUAGAGAAUGACCUCUAUGGAGCCCCCGCACUAAAUCCUACCCUUUGGUCGCUGUAGGGUAUGUUACACCUGGAACAGUACGAACUUAUUAUUAAGCCAGGAGUCUGUGCACCGUA